CCAAUUAUAAAUAAACGCUCCUGAGGAAGUUUUGUUAGCUGUCGGGGAGGCAUUUGUAACUUAGCUCUCUUAUCGCUUACUGAUGAUGGAAUGUGAAAACAGUAAUAUAAACUACAACUGCAACAAUGCUGUAGAUGCAGUGAUGGAUAGCUUUACCACGCAGAGGAUAUGCCAUGGCUGUAAACUUUCAAUAGAAGAUGAAUUCUCAUUGCACGUUUCUCCUAAUUUGGACUGGCAUGUAUCAUGUUUGAUCUGCUGUGAGUGCCAUGAUUUUAUGGAUGAAAACUGUGAAACUUGUUUCAUUAAAGAUGGUAGACCUUACUGUCGAACUGAUUACAUCAGGCUAUUUGGUACUCAAUGCAAAAGAUGUUCUGAGCCCAUCAAUGCAGACACUCUUGUUAUGAGAGCCAAGAAAGAGAUCUUUCAUGUUGACUGCUUUUGCUGUACUCUUUGUGAUAAAAAGCUUAGUACAGGGGAACAGUUCGGAAUGGCUGGUGGCAAACUAUAUUGUAAAGCUGAUUUUGAAUCACUUCCAAUUGACAGCAUUGAGCCAACAAUGGAAGCUGAACUGGUUGAAUCACCAGAAACAUUGCUGCACAAUGGUUGUACUCAGAGUAUUGCAACAACGUCAUCACCAUCCACAUCCUCUCAGGCCACUAGUACUACUACAGCCACUUCAAAAUCAUCUGACAAAAGAAGGUCUAGCACUGAGCAGAAACAACCAAGAAUUCGUACAGUAUUAACGGAGCAACAGUUACAAACAUUAAGGAGUGUAUAUCAAACAAAUCCACGGCCUGAUGCUCUUUUAAAGGAACAGUUAUGUGAACUGACUGGCUUAUCUCCUCGGGUGAUUAGAGUAUGGUUUCAAAACAGACGCUGCAAGGACAAAAAAGCUCUUCAAAAAGCUGAAGCUGCUAGGCUACAGUCAGGGGGCAAGGUUUUGCCAAUGACUCCACAAACUCCAAUGACUCCUGAUAAUAUGAGUCAGGUCUCACCUCAUGGAGGAAUGCAGGCGUUUACAUACCCUUUACCAGCUUAUGAUCACAUUACCACACCAACACUCCCCCCUACUCCUUCUAAUACUUGUGUUUCACCUAUUGUGUCGUAUCAGCAUAAUCCUCCACUUUGGGCUUCACCAACUGAUACAGUAUCACCGUUUGAUCAUGCAGUUGAUUUUUCUUCUCCAGUACCCAUAACAACAGAACAUCAAAGUUAUAUAUAUUCCAGUGCAUCACUUCAGCCUCAUAUGCAGCAACCAACUACUGUUACACAUUUUUCCUUUUAAGAAUGUGAACAUUUUCAUAUUAAUUGCUCAUUCAGGCAACUGAAUAAAUCACAUUUAUUUAAAUCAUAUCAAUAUAGACUCUAUGUAUAAUUUAUUAUAACUAUGUUAGUAUCCACACGUUAGUGUUUUAUGCAUUUAAUGUCAAUUACAGUUUUGUUUUGAAAUGAUUAUGUCCUGUCCAUACUAAAAA